AUGACAGAGGUCACUCCUCCAAUCAAACACCAUCACUCCACAAGUAUCGAGUUUCCCUGGGUAUAUAACUUCGACCUGGAAGAAAAGGAAGAAGAAAAGCACAUCGAUAUCGAAGGAACAAUUCGCAGACUGGCAAGCCGGGUCUCACGGCACACCGUGGCCUCGGAAGUGACCAAGCCCAACAACGAUGUUUUUCAUCCCCUCCCCGGCUCGGACCUUGAUCCGCAGUCCUCGAGCUUCAACACUCGGGCUUGGGUGGAAGCGCUCGUUCGAUACGAGAGCAAGAAUUCCGAGUCAGGACGACGCCGGAAGUCUGGCGUCUCCUUCCAAAACCUCGACGUAUACGGCUUCGGCAUGUCCACCGACUAUCAGAAGAGCGUGGGAAACACCAUCCUGUCACUGAUGACGCAGCGUCGCAAACGACGGAUCGAUAUCCUCCACUCCUUCAAGGGGCUGGUCAACGCCGGUGAGAUGCUUUUGGUGCUUGGGCCUCCGGGGUCGGGACGAUCGCUGGGCAAAUGGAGGGGUUGUUUUUGGGCGACGAGGUCAUGA